AUGGUCGUCGAAGUCAUGACGAAGUCGAUUAAGCCCGAAUCGCUGAAGACGGCGGUUCAAAAACAGCUGCAGUUGCAGCGGAACAAGGCGUUGAAGAACGACGUCUUCCGUUACGUCAACUGGCUGCGGACUUUUGCAGCUGGCCACCAGCUGUACGUCGGGCUCGUCGACGAGCCUAAACCUUCCCCAGCAGCGAAGUCGGUAGAAGCUCCUCGAGGCGGCAAGCCUCAAGUUUCAAGACGUGAAGGCGGACGGGAAGACGCCGCCAAGAACAAUGGCAGAGUCGGCGGAAAGGCCGAAACGAUUGUGCCCAAGAAUGCCGAGCCCUCUGCCAAGAAGGGCUGCUUGAAGUUCGGAGACAUGAGUCACCGUGUGGCGAAGCCGUAA